CAGGGACUUUCCUGACUUCCUUCUGUAAGUGAAGGAAGGAGCACAUGAGCACACUGUACGUAAAUACACUUGGGAAGCUUUCUUCUUCUUCUUUUUUUUUUCUUAAACCAAACUUGGUUUCUGUUGUAGGCGGUGCAUUCCCUAGCAAGGCGGGGCAGUGUGUUGUAGGGGGAGAGAAGGGAAGGCCAGGGGGAGGAGUAGGCAGUAAUGAAUUCACCCACUGUGAGAGCUGGUCUUCUAUUUAAUGGGGGUCUCUCUGCCCAGAAGGAGUCAGAGCCGUCUCCAGGACCAGGAGGAGCAUGGCAGAGGAUCAGGGGCUGGGCUUUGGGGAAAGAGCCAGCAUGGAAAUGCUGCCGGAGGACGGCGGCUGCAGGCCCAAGGCCAGAGCUGGGCUCGCCGCCAAGAGCAGCAGCACCCGCUGGGCUCUCACCUGCUGCCUGGUGUUGCUCCCCAUCCUGGCAGGACUCACCACCUACCUGCUCGUUGGCCAGCUCCGGGCCCAAGGAGAGGCCUGUGUGUUCCAGACUCCAAAAGGACAGGAGUUUGGACCUUCACAUCAGCGAGCUUUUGUGAGACAAACUCCCACACAGCCUUUAAAAAAUCAAUUUCCAGCUCUGCACUGGGAACAUGAACUUGGCUUGGCCUUCACUAAGAACCGAAUGAACUACACCAAUAAAUUCCUUGUGAUCCCAGAGUCGGGAGACUACUUCGUUUACUCCCAGGUCACAUUCCGAGGCACCACAUCUAAGUGUGGUGAGAUCAGCCAAGGGCACAGACUGAACAGACCAGACGUCAUCAUCGUAGUCAUCACCAAGGUAACGGACAGCUACCCUGACCCCACCCAGCUCCUAAUGGGGACCAAGACAGUGUGUGAAAGAGGUAGCAACUGGUUCCAACCCAUCUACCUAGGGGCCAUGUUCUCCUUGCAAGAAGGGGACAAGCUGAUGGUAAACGUCAGUGACAUCUCUUUGGUGGAUUACACAAAAGAAGACAAGACCUUCUUCGGAGCCUUCUUGCUAUAGGGGCAAGGCAGACAUCAUUGUGUGAAGGUCCUUUCCUCCUAGUACCUACUUUUCCUCACUUAUAUAUAAUUAUAGCCGGGGUUUUCUUGGAGCAUUCCAGAGAGAUAGUGGUUUAGCUAUGAAAUUUAGGGCCCAAGAGUUCACACUUUAAAUGCAUUACUGAUGAGAAUACUAACUGGAAAAAGGCAGAAGAAAGCAGACAUACUAUUGUAGUUGCUUAGAAGUGAUGAGUUUCUAAACUUUUAAACACUGGUCACCAAAUGAAAGGAUGAGAUCUACUCAAAACAUAUCCACACCUUUCUACUACACCAGUGGGCCCAGUUGUCGUUCAAUUCAAUUAUGAAGCAUUUUCUUCAGUGCAGGAGUCUUGAAUAAAACCCAAAGCCACAGAAAACAGUGUAAACCUCUCAGAGGAGAAAUCCCUGAUCGGUUUCCCCAAACACGACUUUAAUGCCUUGGCUAAAAAAAAAAAAAAUUUAAAGCUGGUAUUUUCAUGAAUGCUCUCAAAAAAAAAAA